AUGGGAUCCCCAUUGUACAUCCCUGUAAUAUUCUUUCUUCUGCCUCUUGUCUCUAGUAUUUCCUACACUGAAUUUAUAUACCCAAAUUUUUUGGCUACCAAUAUCAACUCUGCUGACAAUGGUGGUGCCUUCUUGUACUCUCUCAAUAAAACUUUCAAGGCUGCUAUUUUCAACCCUUUGGUUCAAGAAAGCAGCUUCUACUUUUGUGUUAUUCAUGUGACUUCCAACACAAUCAUCUGGUCUGCUAACCGCAAUGAUCCCAUAUCAAGCACUGGUAAUGUUAAUCUUACCAUUAAGGGAAUUUCCAUAACAGAUGAGGAUGGUAAUCUCAGAUGGUCAACUCCACAAUUGCAGUCAGUGGUUUAUGCAUUGAGGCUAACUGAUAUAGGUAAUCUUGUCUUACUUGAUCGAUCAAAUGUCUCCCUUUGGGAGAGUUUCCGUUAUCCAACUGACACCAUUGUAGUUGGGCAAUCUUUGUCUGUUGGUACUGUGCUGCUUAGCUCUAUCUCAAGUUCAAACUUGUCAAGCAGUAAUUAUAGUUUUUCAGUUUCGUCAUCUGAUGCUCUGCUGCAAUGGUAUGGACAAAUCUAUUGGAGAUUGUCCAUGGAUCCAAAUGCUUUUAUAAACUCAAAUGCUGUAGUGGAGCAAAUGAUUAUAAAUUCAACUGGUCUCUACCUGUUGGCUCGCAAUAGUUCUGUUGUUGUAAUUCAAGUUAUCUUACCUCGUUCCAACUUUCGAAUUGCUAAAUUGGAGUCUACAGGCCAAUUUAUUGUCAAGAGCUUUUCUAGUGGCGGUUGGACACAAGAAUUCAUAGGGCCAGUUGACAGUUGUCGAAUUCCAUUCUUUUGUGGUCAAGUUGGUCUUUGCAGUGAGGACGGCGUAACCAACAGCCCUAGUUGUUCCUGCUCAUCAAGUUUUCACCCAGUUUCAUCAAGCUUGGGUAGCUGGGGCUGUAAACCAAUUGAUCAUUCCAUCGUUUUGGCUUCUCCUUGCAACUCCUCUAGCAGUGGAAACGAGAUGAAAACCCCAGUCUUUUCCUAUUUGGGUUUAGGAUAUGGUAUAGGAUAUUUUGCCAAUUUCCGGCUUCACUUCCCCUCUGUCUGCGAUAAAUUUAAUCUUGACAUCUUCGGCCUUUCUGCAAAUAGGAGUGAUGACCAGCAUGGUGUUGCGAGCUGA